AAAAUUCUGCAAAUAUUACUAUUAGUUUAUUUGUGAAUGAACAUAAUCAAGAGUUAAGGUUAGACACCUAUGAAUUUAGUAUCAAGUAUAGAGAAUUGUCAAAAGAGUUGAUGGACGAAAUUGAGAUAAUGACUAAAUCUGGCAAUCUUUCAAUUACU